AUGUUUUCAAUUGUGUACAACUUGUGGUUAAUGGUUGAAGAUGUUAUAGUUCAGUACAUUGACUUGGAUUUUACAUUAUGGCUGACAUGGCUCUUAAUGCCACUACUCAUAACAUUUCUACUCCCGCUUGUAAUUGCGCUGCUACUGUACUUAACUGCAUUAAUGUUGUACAUCUAUAAGUUACACAGGGUUAGAUUAAGAAAUGCUUAUGGUACUGCAUGGCGAGAUACAGCUGUUCAUAUGGUCGCAGCUGUCUGGGAUGCACAUGGUUGGAUUUGGCAUGGCUAUGAAAUUGUGGGCUUAGAGAAUAUUCCACAAGACAAACCAGUAUUAUUUAUAUAUUAUCAUGGAGCUCUCCCAGUCGAUAUAUAUUAUUUCGCAUCUAAAGUAUUUCUAUAUAAUUCAAAACUAAUCCGUCUAGUAGUAGACCGAUUUCUCUUCAAGAUCCCUGGAUGGUCCAUAUUUGCUGACGUACUGAAAAUUAUACCUGGUACUGUUCAGUCGUGUUCUGCUAUUUUAAAAGAAGGGAAUAUGCUUGCUAUUGCUCCAGGUGGUGUGUAUGAGGCUCUUUUUGGAGAUUCCUAUUAUGAACUUAUGUGGAAAAAAAGAAUGGGUUUCGCAAAGGUUGCUUUGGAUGCAAAAGUGAGCAUAGUUCCAUUUUUUACGAAAAAUCUCAGAGAAUCAUUUAGAGCAGUAAGUUGGGGAAGAAAAAUAUGGUUGAAGAUAUAUUCUAAGACAAAGCUUCCUCUUGUACCGAUCUAUGGUGGCUUUCCAGUAAAAUUAGUAACAUAUAUAGGCAAGCCUAUUCCAUAUGAUGAGAAUCUUACACCCGAAGAAUUGCAGAUAAAGGUUGCUGAUAGUCUUAAAGAAUUAAUAAAAAAACAUCAGAAAGUACCUGGUAACAUUACACGGGCUUUAAUGGAAAGAAUACGUAAUACAGACAGACAUAAGGAUUAACAACAAUCGCUUUGAUGUACUUAAGAUUAACAAGAACAAUACUUUUAGAAGUCAUUUUAAUUUGAUUAAAUUCUCUUUUUAGG